CAUAAACCCCCUGGUAGACUGCCGAUCGGGGUCGGGACAACUCAAGUGUUCGGUGACUUUCCUCUUUCGGCGAACAAAGGACGGCAUCGCGAGUGUUCAUUUCCCCUAAUAAUGGCCUGAAUUCCAUAUCAUCUGUCGACUUUACAACAAUCGUCACUCCCCAUUUCGCUGUUGUCAAGGCAGCUUCAUCCUACGCAUCAUGGCUGGCGUCUCGUUCACCCCGGAGAAGGACAUCCCCAACCUCUUGGGCAAGGUCAUCCUGAUCACUGGCGGAACGGCCGGUCUCGGAGCAGCAGCGGCCAUCCACCUCGCCAAGCACUCUCCUGCGCACAUCUAUAUCAGCGGCCGGAAUGCGAAGAGUGCCGACGCCAUGAUCCAACAGGCGCAGAAAUCAGGGACCAAGGUAUCGUUUCUGGCCUGUGAUCUGGCCUCCCUCGACUCGGUCAAGAAGGCGGCCGAGGCCAUCCUGGCCCAGGAAUCCCGCCUCGACCUGCUCAUGUGCAAUGCCGGGAUCAUGGCGGUGCCGCCGGGCAAGACGAAGGACGGCUACGAGGUCCAAUUCGGAACGAACCAUCUGGGCCAUGCGCUGUUAAUCCAGAAGUGUCUGCCGCUCCUGCAGCAGACGGCCGCACUCCCGGGUGCCGAUGUGCGCGUCGUCAUCCUCACCUCGUUGGGGUUCCGCAUGCACCCGGGCGCAGGAAUUGUCUUCUCGGACCUGAAGAGUGAGCAAAACUUCAGUGCGUUUGGGGGCUGGAUCCGCUACGGCCAGAGCAAGUUGGCCAAUAUCCUGUAUGCGCGCGAGCUGGCCCGUCGCUAUCCGUCCAUCACGUCCGUGUCCGUCCAUCCCGGCGUCGUUGGUACAGGGUUGGUGGAGAAUCUGGGCUGGGCGAACCGCGCGUUUGUCUAUGUGACGAAUAUGGGGAAGCUGAUGAAACCGGAGGAGGGCGCGUACAACCAGCUGUGGGCUUCCACCACGCCCAAGGAGAACCUGAAGAACGGGAAGUUCUACGAGCCCGUCGGGAUCCUGUCGUCCAAGUUGGAUAAGGUCUCGAAAGAUGACGCGCUGGCGAAGCAGCUGUGGGAGUGGACGGACAAGGCGUUGGCAGACUACGUCCAUUAGUGCAGUUUCUAUUCUACAGACGAGGGAGUGAAUUCAAUGCGUCCA